AGUGCAAAGUUGAAAUGUGUCGUAGACGGGAGGUACUUCCACGACAGAAUAGGGGUAAAUGUGGCUAAGAAUUGAAUGGAUGUCUGUGGUUUUCUCAUUCUCUUCAAGGAAAUUAUGUAAUUUCUCAUUCAAAGACAUUAGUAGAGGGAAAGUAACAAAAUGCAAUCUAAUUGCAUUGCAUUCCCAGAAAAGUGGACAGCGCAUGGAUAAGCUACUUGAUACAUUGUAACAAUCAGGGAAGUAAAUGGACAGCAUGGAAUUUCACAAGUAAGUUUUACUGAUACAUUUUUGCGUUAUUGUUUAUGGGUUUUUUUUUGCUACAGAAUGCACACUAGUUCAAUUAAGGAUAUUUGACAGAAGAUUCCCGAAAGUAGUUUGGCCAAAGCAAUCUUCUCGGCGUAGAAUGCCACGCAGGCAAUAGCCUACUACUACUAUCCAAACUAAAGAAACGAAGUAGUAUGGGGGUUGAUAAGUAGGCUAUGACCCGCGAAUGCAUUGGUAAGAUACUGUGACAUUAUAUCUAGAUUUAGGCCAACUAAAAUGAGGGCGAUAAAGAUAAGGAAAUACUUUAGGGGUAGUGGGAGGGUACUUGCAUUUGUUUUCAUCGCAUCUAUUAUUUGGCUGCUGUUCGACAUGGCAGCGCUUCGCCUGUCAUUAAAUGACGUUAACAGCCAACUUUUAAAAGAAAGCGUAGUAAAGGAAAGGCAGGCUGUCAGACAGCAGGCCACGAAACGUACUAAGUUAGUGCAUAGGGGGUUUAAAAAUCCAGUACAGAGAGUAGACUUGGACCUGGAUGAGGCAGGUAAUAAAGAUCCACUCCAGGAUGAAAAUAAAGUCCUUGAAGUGUACAGGAAGCGAGGACCCGCUGUCAAAAAUGACCCACAGUUUAUGGACAAAGUAAACUCGCAUGAGCAACAAGGAGGGAAUGUCCAACCAAAGUUAGAACAUGCUGUCAUCUUUAAGCAUAACCAAAUCGAGCCUGUGCAUCAUGUCACAGUACACUUGAGUGUGCCUUUGAAUACGAAAGCACCUGUCAAAGAUCCUUUGCCCGUCAAAGAUGUGUCAAAAAAGGCAGUGGACUUGGUGCUGGAGGAUGGGAAAGUAGGACCUACGGAGAGGGAUAAGAUUGUGGCAUUCCCUGCAGCAGUAGGCUCGAACUUUACCAAAGUGCCACCUGGUGUUCAGGAAGGAAAACAUGUUGAAACGCCUGCCUCAAAAAAUACAGGAGAGAACCAAGAGGGAAAUAUAGACCUAGUGCAAAAAGGCAAAGAAAAUAUUGACUCCAAGACACAGAAGAAAGUCAAAAACUCACUUGAGCCUGGCAAACAAGAAAGCUUUAUUAAAGACAAAGUUGCAGUGGACUACACAGUUAAACCUGUCAAAAAUGAUGUACUAAAAGGAGAAGAGGUGAUUGUCAACAAAGAGGACAAACAGAUCAAUGAGCUUGAUAAAGGUAACCCUGAAGCCCUAAAGGAGUCCUUACCACCUACAGCAAAGCCAAAACGCCAACAAGGAGUUCCCACAAAUUCCACAGUUGUUCGAAACACAGGUGUCCACAAAGUGCUGGCAUUAGACAUGACCCAAGCGCCUAGAGAUGCCAACGCAAUUGGGCAAUUUGGGCAAGCAGCCAUGGUGCCCAGUGACAAAGAGCAGGAGGUGAGGAACCGUUGGAAUGAGGGCCAUUUCAACGUCUACCUGAGUGACCAGAUCCCUGUGGACAGAGCCAUCCCAGACACCAGACCUCAUACAUGUUCUGAGAGUGUGGUCCAUGAUUACUUGCCCACCACCAGUGUGAUAUUCUGCUUUGUGGACGAGGUGUGGUCCACUUUGCUCCGGUCUGUCCACAGUGUCCUCAACCGGUCUCCACCACACCUUCUCAAAGAGAUCAUCCUGGUGGAUGACUUUAGUGCCAAAGAAUAUCUCAAGGACCAUCUGGAUGUGUACAUGUCCCAGUAUCCCAAAGUACGGAUCGUCCGUCUGAAGGAGAGGCAGGGCUUGAUCCGAGCUAGGCUGGCAGGAGCCGCCAUUGCCAAAGGUGACGUUUUGACCUUUCUUGACUCUCAUAUCGAAUGCAACGUGGGCUGGCUGGAACCUCUGCUGGAGAGGGUGUACAUGGACCGGAGGAAAGUGGCCUGCCCAGUCAUCGAAGUCAUCAGUGACAAGGAUUUGAGCUAUGUGUUGGUUGACAACUUCCAAAGAGGCGUGUUCAAAUGGCCCUUGGUGUUUGGGUGGAGCACGUUAUCAAAGGACACAAUCAAGAAGAAUCACAUGAAGGAUUCAGAUCCCAUCAGAUGUCCUGUCAUGGCAGGAGGCCUUUUCUCCAUCGAUAAGAAGUACUUCUAUGAACUGGGCUCUUAUGAUCCUGGCCUGGAUGUAUGGGGUGGAGAGAACAUGGAGAUCUCUUUUAAGAUUUGGAUGUGCGGAGGUGAGAUCGAGAUCAUCCCGUGUUCCCGAGUGGGCCAUAUUUUCCGAGGCGAGAACCCGUACAAGUUUCCCAAGGACAGGCAGAAGACUGUUGAGCGUAACCUGGCGAGGGUGGCAGAGGUGUGGCUGGAUGAGUACAGGGACCUGUUCUACGGCCAUGGAUACCUCCAUCUGCUGGAUAGGAGUAUCAUCGACAUCGGCAACCUCACAGACCAGAUCGAACUCAGGAAGAAGCUUGAGUGCAAGAGCUUCAAGUGGUACCUGGACAACGUGUACCCAGACAUGGUCGCUCCACUGGUCAAAGCUGAGGGGCUGGUUUUCAAUCGUGGAGUCAGAAAAUGCCUCGCUCUGCAGGAUGGCUCCCUUGCCUUUGAGACAUGUGAUCUCAGCAAGCUGAGUCAACACUUCAAUUACACCUGGAUGAGGCACGUUCGCCAGAAGGAUGUCUGUGUCACUGCUCAUGGCAAAGGGACCAGUCUGGCUCUGCAGCCGUGUGACAACACCAAGCCACAGCUACGAUGGCUCCACAAGGCCACCAACUCUGCUCUGGUGGAGCACCUCAUAGCGGAGCACAGUCCCCGGCGUCUGUGCCUGGAGGCUGGGGCUCUGGAUGACAGCAUACAGCUGAAGGAGUGCCAGUCUACCAGUCCCUACCAGAAGUGGCAGUUCACACAUUACCACACUGUGUGAUGGGAGUACAGGGCUACAGCACUGUUCCUGCAUUCGAGAUUGACACUAAAGUACUUGACUGUACUAUAUGCAUUUGGAUGUGUUCAGUGUAUUUCUGCAAUGGGAUAUGCAUGGUGCUGCUGGUAUGUUGGUGUGAGGGUGGUGUUGGGACGUGCAAUGCUUUUUUACUUCUCCUUUUUAUCAUGAUCAAGCUUCACUUGGAAUUUUUAAUUUUUGCAUGACUGAGGCCCCGGAAUGAUUUGAAAGGACAGCUGAUACACAGUGUAAUUACAGUUUUGUAUUUGAUGGCAUAGUUUACUGGUGUAGGCUAUACAAAUAAAUAAUAGUUGCAUACUUGUAUACAGUGGCUUAAAGAAGUAUUCACCACCACCCCCCCUUGGCAUUUUUCCUAUUUUGUUGCCUUACAACCUGGAAUUAUUGUAUCAUUUGAUUUACACAACAUGCCUACCACUUUGAAGAUGCAAAAUAUUUUUCCUUGUGAGACAAGAAAUAAGACAAAAAAACAACUUGGUCAUGCAUAAUUAUUCACCCUCCCAAAGUCAAUACUUUGUAGAGCCACCUUUCGCAGCAAUUACAGCUGAAGGUCUCUUGGGGAAUGUCUCUAUAAGCUUGGCACGUCUAGCAACUGGGAUUUUUGCCCAUUCUUCAAGGCAAAACUGCUCCAGCUCCUUCAAAUUGGAUGGGUUCCGCUGGUGUACAGCAAUCUUUAAGUCAUACCACAGAUUCUCAAUUGGGAUUGAGGUCUGGGCUUUGAUUAGGCCAUUCCAAGACAUUUAAAUAUCGCCCCUUAAAGCAACACUUGAGUGGUUUAUCAGUAUGCUUAGGGUCAUUGUCCUGCUGGAAGGUGAACCUCCAUCCCAGUCUCAACUCUCUGGAAGACUGAGACUGUAUUUAGCGCCAUCCAGUUGCCCAGUCCCCGCCGAUGGAAAAACAUCCCCACAGCAUGAUGCUGCCACCACCAUGGGGAUGGUUUUCUCGGGGUGAUGAGGUGUUGGUUUGCCCCAGCCUUAGUGUUUUCCUUGAUGGCCAAAAAGCUCAAUUCUAGUCUCAUCUGACCAGAGUAACUUCUUCCAUAUGUUUGGGGAGUCUCCCACAUGCCUUUAGGUGAACACCAAAUGUGUUUGCAUAUUUUUUUCUUUAAGCAAUGGCUGUUUUCAGGCCACUCUUCCGUAAAGCCCAGCUCUGGAAUGUACGGCUUAAAGUGGUCCUAUGGACAGAUAAUCCAAUCUCCACUGUGGUGAUUUGCAGCUCCUUCAGGGUUCUCUUUGUUGCGCCUCUGAUUAAUGCCCUCCUUGCCUGGUGUGAGUUUUGGUGAGCGGCCCUCUCUUGGCAGGUUUGUUGUGGUGCCGUAUUCUUUCCGUUCUUUAAUAAUGGAUUUGAUGGUGCUCAGUGGGAUGUUCAAAGUUUCAGAUUUUUUUUGUAACCCAACCCUGAAUUCUCCACAACUUUGUCCCUGACCUGUUUGGAGAGCUCCUUGGUCUUCAUGGUGCCCCUUGCUUAGUGGUGUUGCAGACUCUGGGGCCUUUCAGAACAGGUGGGUGUGUAUAUUUACACUGAGAUCAUGUGACACUUAGAUUGCACACAGGUGAACUUAAAAAAAACAACUAAAAAUGUGACUUCUGAAGGUAAUUGGUUGCACCAGAUCUUAUUUAGGGGCUUCAUAGCAAAGGGGGUGAAUACAUAUGCACGCACCACUUUACCGUUUUCAAUUCACUUCAACCAAUUUGGAUUGUUUUGUGUGUGUCCGUUAAAUGAAACACAUUUAAAUUACAGGUUGUAAUGCAACAAACUUGGAAAAAUGCCAAGGGGAGUGAAUACUUUUACAAGGCACUGUGUGUACUUAUGUAUGUGUAUAUAAGCUCUGUGGUUUACUCAAAUUACUGUGAGCUUGUUUAUAGAGGGUGUGACUCUCUUUAGCUUUAUAGCCUACAGUUUACUUGCAGUUAGUAAACACCUCUACUAACUUUUCUGUGUGCGCCAGCUCAUGCUUUUCACUAGAGUAUAAUUGGUUUUACAUGCAUGUUCACCAGCUUUGCAAAAAAUGAAUUCUCAUGCCUUGGCAAAUCAAUCGCGAAUGUGCCUUUUUGAUUAUUUACAUGAGUAUUUGUUUCCUGCAGAUGAAGUUGGAAGUUUCAGGAAUUGUAUUUCACAAUUCCUGACAUUUUAAUCCUAUUCCCUGUUUUAGUUCAGUUAGGAUCACCACUUAAUUUUAAGAAUGUGAAAUGUCAGAAUAAUAGUAGAGAACGAUUUAUUUCAGCUUUUAUUUCUUUCAUCACAUUCCCAGUGGGUCAGAGGUUUGCAUACACUCAAUUAGUAUUUGGUAGCAUUGCCUUUAAAUUGUUUAACUUCGGUCAAAUGUUUCAGGUAGCGUUCCACAAUAAGUUGGGUGAAUUUUGGCCCAUUCCUCCUGACAGAGCUGGUGUAACUGAGUGAGUCAGGUUUGUAGGCCUCAUUGCUCACAUGCUUUUUCAGUUCUGCUCACAAUUUGUUUUAUUGGAUUGAGGUCAGGGCUUUGUGAUGGCCACUCCAAUACCUUGACUUUGUUGUCCUUAAGCCAACUUUGGAAGUAUGCUUGGGGUCAUUGUCCACUUGAAAGACCAAUUUGUGACCAAGCUUUAACUUCCUGACUGAUGUCUUGAUGUUACUUCAAUAUUUCCACACAAUUCUCCUUCCUCGUGAUGUCCUCUAUUUUGUGAAGUGCACCAGUCCCUCCCGCAGCAAAGCAAACCCACAACAUGAUGCUGUCACCCCCGUGCUUACCGGUUGGGAUGAUGUUCUUCGGCUUGCAAGCCUCCCCUUCUUUCCUCCAAACAUAACAAUGGUCAUUAUGGCCAAACAUUUCUAUUUUUGUUUCAUCAGACCAGAGGACAUUUCUCCAAAAAGUACGAUCUUUGUCCCCAUGACCAGUUGCAAACCGUAGUCUGGCUUUUUUUAUGGCGGUUUUGGAGCAGUGGCUUCUUCCUUGCUGAGCGGCCUUUCAGUUUAUGUCGAUAUUGGACUCGUUUUACUGUGGAUGUAGAUACUUUUGUACCUGUUUCCUCCAGCAUCUUCACAAGGUCCUUUGCUGUUGUUCUGGGAUUGAUUUGCACUUUUCUCACCAAAGUGCGUUCAUCUCUAGGAGACAGAACGCAUCUCCUACCUGAGCGGUAUGACGGCUGCGUGGUCCCAUGAUGUUUAGACUUGCGUACAAUUGUUUGUACAGAUGAACGUGGUACCUUCAGGCGUUUUGGAAAUUGCUCCCAAGGGUGAACCAGACUUGUGGAGGUCUUGGCUGAUUUAAAAAAGGGGAAAAAAAUUAAUCUUGAUUUUCCCAUGGUGUCAAGCAAAAGAGGCACUGAGUUUGAAGGUAGGCUUUGAAAUACAUCCACAGGUACACCUCAAAUAUACUCAAAUGAUGUCAAUUAGCCAAUCAGAAGCUUCUAAAGCUAUGACAUUUUCUGAAAUAUUCCAAGCUGUUUAAAGGCACAGUAAACUUCUGACCCACUGGAAUUGUGAUACAGUGAAUUAAACUGUCUAAACAAUGGUUAGAAAAAUUACUUGUGUCAUGCACAAAGUAGAUGUGCUAACCGACUUGCCAAAACCUAUAGUUUGAACAAGAAAUUUGUGGAGUGGUUGAAAAACGAGUUUGAAUGAUUCCAACCUAAGUGUAUGUAAACUUCCGACUUCAACUGUAUUUUAGCUCCAUUUGACCACACAAUUUCCCAUAUCUGUUUCAGUGCCAGAUGGCUGGAUAUUUUAUGCCACUUUGAUUUCAUGUAAAUAGAUCUGUCCGUGUACCAUUUUUACUGUUUGAAAUAUCAUUUUGAUGUACAAAUUUAAAUGCAUGCAGUGUGCAUGAGUCUGUGUUGGCAUUACAUAUCACAGAUAGCAAAGCUAAAGACAUCUGACAUUUUCUUUGAGAUAAAAUAGUAUUGCAUUAUGAGUCAGCUCCGGGUUUUCCCUAGGUACAGAUCUGUGAUCAGCUUCCCCUCCCCAAUUCUAACCUCAAUGAUUAGUGGGGAACAUUUCAAACUGACCCAAGAUCAGUGUCUAAGGGCAACUUCACGGCUCGCCUGGUAUAAUAAGAGCUGCUUGUUUUUUUUUUUACUAUGGUUGUAGGUUUAGUGCAUACUGUAUGUACAUUUCUUUAACAAUAGAGGGAACUGUUGAUACCAAAGAUGAACGAUGGGAUUUUCUUUCUCCAAACUCACACACAUCAAUGUUAAUUUCCUUUUAAUGAAUAGAUAUUAAUGUUCUUUUUCCACAAAAACAGAUAUUCCAGGAGAACAUGUACACUGUACUCAUGGAAAUAUUACAGUGUUAUAGGGGUUUAACAUUAUUAGUUGGUUCAGUUCUUAUAGCCUAAGGUGAACGUGUGUGUGUGUGUGUGUGUGUAUACAUUUUAAAUAGCAGAACUUUACAUAUAGGGUUGAUCACCUGAAAUUCAGAUUUGCAGUGCUUAGCAAAGUGUAUUGAAAUGUUUACAGGCCAGGAGCCCCUGGGGAAUGCAAGUUGUAAAGUUUUGCUAGUAGGAUUAUUAGCUCCCCAAGCCUCUUUUUAAAAAAUGUUUUUUUUUUUUUAAUCUGCUUAUCAAAUACCUGCCAUACAUAAUCAAAUGUUCCCUGCUAAUUUUCUAAUUAAAUAACACUACUAUGCA